AUGAGCUCAACAUCGGACGGCUUAAAUCCACCCGGCCCCGGUCCGGACGGAGCAGUACGAACCCAGGCUCGUCGACGAUUUACACAGGUCCUCACCAUGCUAACUCACGGCAGUGGGGCUCUGUCCAAGCGCAAGAGAUUGAACAGUUUGAUGGAACGGACUACCGGUCGGGAGGUGGACGAUCCGGUCACGGAGACGGAAACCGCAAUUCACUGUGUGGUUGUCACACCACAGACACAUCAGGCACUGGUCAGUGAAUUAACCGGUUCAACCAAAGGUGGAAAGUCCAGUGAACUGACUAACCGAAUUGAGCAGUUCUGGGAUUCAGUGGUUUCCCGAAUCGAUCGGUAUUUGGGAGACCGAAUCCAAGAUGAACGCAUUCAGUUGGUAAACACUCUAUGCGGAACGGAAAAUGAUCGUCCCACAAAUGCGUUUCCAGUGGUGGGUGCCUCGAAUCUCGAUUUGGACCGAAACGCGUUCGUUUCCAAGAUUAUCCAACACGCAUAUCACCUCGCGCUACAAUCCGGCAGUGAUCAAUUUACCAGGUUGCUUGAUCUGAUGAACAGUAUGCUGAAAUCUAUCGAAUCCAAGGAUUCAAACCAUCCAGAAGCCCUUGAUUCUUUGACCAAAAGACAGGAAUUUCUUGCCAAACACGGUCUUUGUGAGUUAAUUGUUCGUUGCAUGUCGGACACGAAAAUCGGUGAGGCCACAUUUAUGAAAGCCUUGCAGAUCCAAUUUUACAAUGCACUGACUAACCAGAAGAAAACGUACGGGGAGUUUUUCAGUGUAUUUUUUCGUCGUCUGCACACAAUGCAAACCCAGUUCGAUCGACAUACUGGGCUCGAAGUUUCCGGUCGGGGGAAUUCCAAACCGAGGAACGGACUUCGAAUGAGUGAAGCCGAUGGUGGAACACAUCCUCAACCGAUAUCCUCAUCCACCAUGGAACUGAUCGAUUCGAUCACACCCCUGUUGAAGUUCAUGCGAGCGUUGUGUGCUCGGCAUAAUGAGCCGUUUCAAAAUCUAUUCCGACAUCAGCCAGAAAAUGUCACAAGUUACAAUCUGGUAGAAGAGACACAAAUGCUUCUGUUGGGUUUCAGUCCGAUUGAGACCACGGAACUGAACGGUAGCCUCCAACAAAUCCAAGCAUCAUGCUCAAACCGCCCUGAAGAAUCGAAUACUCGCCCACGAGGGACGAGGAUGGAAGUGGCCAUGACAACCGCUUUUAUCCCCGGUCAACUCGAUGGUCGAUCGGGAAACAAGGCUACUACGGACAAGCAACGUGCCGGUCAAAAACGAUAUGCUGAUUUGUGCUGGAUCACUGAUCCACCGGUCGCACAGUUCUUUGUUCUGAUUCUCUCCUGUCUGACUGCGUUUUGUGAGGGACCGUGCACGGAGAAUCAAGAACUAGUUGCCAGCCCGGGAGCCGGAUGUUUAGAGGCGGUCGGGAACGCGGUGCUAUCCAAAUUACCCUCAGGUGAUCAUGUGGACGGAAGAUCUUUGCGUUUGUAUAACCUGAUAACUGAAGUCAAGUCAGAAGCAAUACACUAUCACUAUGGAAUGUCCCGUCAAUUCAAAGAUACACAUUUGGGCGAGAAACUGCAAACCAUUGCACACCAGUUGUACAUUCUUGUGCGACACCUGUUCAUCGAUUGUCCAAGCUGCAUUCUUCCAAACGAGGCCCGAAUCUCCGCGAUCGAUGAUCAGUCCGGCUGUGGCACUUGUGCAACCGAGCGACCGGGACUCAACACAACUCUACGAUCGAUCUCUGUGAGCAAUGCAGAAUCGACCACAACUUGUGCGCUGGUUUUCUUCUCCGACCGUACUGCCCAGAUUGAAUGCUAUCGGCACGGCCUCGUAGCUCAGCCAGCUCAGGCAAUGCGAGUGUAG